AAAAUGGUCCAGUAAUGGAGCUACCAUUAAUGUUCAUACCGAUGGCAAUACUGACUUUUGGCGCAAGACACACUAUGGUUUCGAACGUGACAGUGGUCAUUUUUACUAUCAAUCAUUGCCUGGAGAUCAAUCUUUUACAGCAACCGUGAAUAUACGAGGAAAUUACCAUACACUCUACGAUCAAGGUGGUUUAAUGUUACGUACUGAUGAGAAGAAUUGGAUCAAAUGUGGAGUUGAAUAUGUUGAUGAUCAACAAUUUGCUAGUGCUGUGGUGACUGUCAAUGGCUGGUCUGAUUGGAAUGUAGUAUCAAUCAAGGCACCUGAAGUUUUAAAAUUACGUGUCAGACGUGUAAAGGAAGCUGUACAUAUUGAAUUUGCUGAAGGUGAAGAAGGGGAUUUUAAAAUGAUGAGAUUGGCUUAUUUACCGGUGACAGACAACUCACAAGUGAUGAUGGUUGGAAUCAUGUGUGCAUCUCCCGUUGAAGAUGCAAAAGGAUUUGAUAUUAGUUUUGAAGGUCUAACUAUUGUGAAAAAUCCUUAG